AUGAGAAUUUCUUCGACAACAAAUGGAAAAUUAAUUUCUGAUAAUACUUGUAUUUCUGAUAGAUUUUCAUCUACUAGUUCUACUGUUUAUUAUCUUGAUAUACAAUGUAAAUCAAACUUAAAUGAUUCUUCGACAGUUAAUCGUACUCAAGAAUUUAAUAGUAUAUUUGAUACGCGAAAAUGGAAUCAAAAUGAAAAAGAAAGUCGAUCAGGACCAGGUUCGACAUUAGAAGGUGCUUUUGAUUGGAUAAAACAUUUACGAUCAUUAAUGCAACAUUUUCAUAUUCGAUCUAUAGCUGAUAUACCGUGUGGCGAUACUUUUUGGCAAUUUAGUAUUCAAGAAAUCAAUACUAUUGAACAACUCUAUUUUGGUGGUGAUAUAUCAACACACGCUAUUCAAUAUAAUCAAAAAUUAUAUGGAACAAAACAUCAUAAUAAAUUAUUUCAUUAUUGGGAUCUUGUAAAUUGUCCAAUACCUACAUUUUCAUAUAGAAAUUCAACACAUAAAAUUCAAAAUAAUUCAUUUGAUUUGAUUAUUGUUCGUGAUGCUCUUCAACAUAUGCAUAUACGAAAUGGUUUGAAAGCUGUAAGAAAUGUCAUUAGAUCUGGUGGAAAAUAUUUUGCACUAAGUAGUUAUCCACCAAAUGGAAAAUCUUCUGCAAGUAAUAGUCGAUCUAUAGAUAAAAAUGAACCAUUACCAAAACAACCACUCGAUUGUGCAACUAAAAAUUAUUGUAAAUUAGGUGCUAUCAAAGAAGGUGAUGUAUAUGGAAAUAAUAUUAACUGUUAUCCAUUUAAUUUUCCAUUGAAUAAAGCAAUUCUUGUUCAACCAUCACAUGAAAAAUUUCAAAUUGAAUAUGAUGAAAUACAUAUAUAUAAAAUUGAUGAUGAAUUAAAACAGAUUGUUGAACAAUAUGAUAAUGCAUGUAUUUAA